GUGCACCUUGUAAUUUUAUCAUUUACUCGCACUCGUAAUCGUUAUUAUUACUUAGACAUUUGCAUUGGCAUCGUAAGUAUUUGUUUAGACAAUCCUGCCUACUCUUGAUGCUCGCAAAUAUAAAACGACUCUCUGCUAGCAAUUCAUUUUUUAUUUCGUCUGGUCUCGACAUCGAAGAUCACAAAACAAUUCCAGAAAAUAAUGCUAAUUUAAUUCAACUCUUAAUACUUCUUGUGUGCAUUUAGCUAUGAUUGAGAAAAAUGGCGCAGAUUGAAUCUCCUUUCGUGUUUUUGCUAAAAUUGCAUUGCCCAACAGGCUAUUAUCUCGUUUUGAAUCUGUGGAUCGAUGUAAAGGGUUGUGUUAUUUUCCAAGACAGUGUCGUUGUUAAUUGUUUCACCAACUCAACGAUACUCUUUGCGAUGAUCACUAAAUGAAAGGUUGUUACACUCUAAAGUUAAAACUAACAUUCACUAUGGGAUGAAUUACUUUCAGUCAGUAAUUGUUUCAACUUAUUCAAUGUGCUCCUUGUUUGCAGCAUCCAACUUUCUCAGUCGUUCAUGUUGACUGUAUGUUUGGCAAGCUUGUUAAUGAAGUUAAGUAGUUAGUACGCCUAUUUUGUUUAUAAUACGGUUGAAAAAACAAUUGUUGCUAUGUCAGGGUAUAAACUCGAGACCAUCGAAACCAUCCGCAAGAACUUUCCAGUACAUAUCCCAGACGACAAAGCAGCCAUUCAAGUGAAAGACAUCGUUCUAUCUUAAAUAUUUAUGUUAUAAACCUCAUCUCAAAUUUAGUCACAAAAAGUAGCUAAAAAGUCAUCUUUAACGUUUCUAUAAGUAACGGAGUAGGAUGUUUCUUUUAUUAGUGUUAAAUAUCAUUUAAGUCUAAAUCUAGCUAUCUGGUAACAAAAAAAAAAUCUUCCUUAAAAAAAAAAAAGCAAAAAAAAAAAAAAAAAGGUAAUACUCUCAAAAGAUUUAAUGACCAGAGGGAAAAACAAACAAAAGAAUGAAAGGGACCUAACCCGUCACCACCAGCGUCACGUCACCACUUUACAAUCAACCUGAUGAAAGCAGUUCCUUACAAUGAAAACACAGGGUAUUAAAAUUUGCUAACUAAAGUUUCUGUUUGAAUGCAGAUAACUUCAACAAAAUGUCUAAUGGAACACAUAUCACAUCGAAUCAAACGCUAAAAGCUACAGAUGAUAGUUUUGAUGUUAGCGAUGAAGUAUAUUACCUUUUGCUUUUUGUCACUAAUGCUAUUAUAGCAAACAUUUUGUCUCUCAUAGGAAUCUUGGGAAGUAUACUGAAUGUAAUAAUUUUAUCUCAUCAUAAAAUGCAGGAUACAACUAAUGUGAUUUUGUUGGCCAUUUCGGUUUGUGAUCUCAUUUAUUCUAUUACACAAAUAUCUUUUAAUUUUUACCAAUUUGCAAGAUCUUUUAUAAAUGUGUACAUCUUUCAAUGGGCUACAGUAAUAAACUUACUUAUUUUUGACCGAAUCAAUUAUAUUGCUCUCAUUGUUAGUAUACAUUUAGUGACUUUAGUUUCUAUUGAAAGAAUGGUCGCUGUCUGUUUUCCAUUCCAUGUUUCAAGAGUUUUUACACUAUAUCGUAUGAAAUGCAUUAUCAUUAGUAUAGUUUGUUGUAAUAUUGUUUUGAGAAUUCCAUUUUAUUUUAAAUUUGAGAUGUAUUUUGAUGAAUACAAAAACGUAACCAUGCCAUUUCUAAGAUUUGGAGAUUUAUUUUUUCAAAAUAUCACUUUCUUCAAUACCUACUCCAGAAUAUCAGCUCUAUUUCUUUAUUCGAUACUUCCUUUUUUUGUUAUUUUCAUAUGUACAUUUGCCACUAUAUUUCAUAUCUCUAUAACAUCUAAAACUAAUAAAGCUUUGUCUUCAAUGGAAGCUAUCGCUAAGCGUAAGAAAGAAAUGAAAUCUGUGAAGAUAGUUUUAAUCAUUUGUGUUUUCCUUAUGUUUUUUAUUUUAAUUCCAUUAUUCGUGCAACAGGUACUUUUUGUAUUUGCAUUAGUUAUAUCUCAAAAGCUGUCAUUGAUAACAUUUUGGAUCGUCAAUAUACUUGUUCAGUUAAACUCUUCAUUUAAUUUUGUUAUUUACGUGACAGGUAGUCCAAAAUUUAAAAGAACUUUAAUGAAAAUUUUUUAUUCAAAAAGAUUGUUAAAAGAGCAAAGUUAA